AUGCCAAAGGAGAUCGUCAAGAAGACCACCUCCUCCAAGAAGGCCGACGUUGCUCCAGCCUCCGCUGACCCAGCCAAGGCCAAGAAGAACAAGAAGCCUUUGACCAGCAACGAGGCCGCUUUGAAGGACAAGACCAACAACAAGUCUGUUGCUGGCCCAGUCGGCGGCGCCAAGCGCGAGAAGAAGCCAUUCGACCGUCACUCCAGAACCGGCAAGACCGACUCCAAGAAGAAGGUUGCCCAAGGUUGGGGUGACGACAGAAGAGAGAUCGACGACGAGACCGCCGGCUUGGCCGACGCCAACGCCGAGAUCGCCUCCGAGGUCAAGGAGGAGCCAGCUGCUCCAGCCGGCAAGUCCUUGAAGGAAUACUUGGCUGAGCAAGAGCAGCUCGAGUCCUUGAACAAGGCCAACGCUGCCAGAAAGGCCAACGAGGGCGCCGAGUCCAAGUGGACCUCUUUCGACGUCAUCCAAAAGGAGACCCAGGACUUUGUUGGUGCCACUUCUUCCAAGAAGGUCAGACAAAGAGCUCCUAAGGAGAAGAAGCUUUUGGACAUCACCACCUCUUUCGGUGAGGAGGCUCCAAAGUUCAACGGUAAGAAGACCGGCUUCAAGGGUAGAAAGGGUGACGGCAAGAAGGCCGCCCCAGCCCCAGCUGCCAUCAACGACCAAACCUUCCCAUCUUUGUAA